AAAGGGUAGUGUGUAAGGUUGCUUUAAUAUAAUGUCUUGUUGAAUUAAUCGAAAAUAUGUAAGCAUGAUACGUGGGGCGGGGUCUUGAAUACUGUAAACACUAGCCAGUUGUUGAGCUCUCGUGAGCAGCAGAGCUUCCGUGAACGCGGCGCGCUUUGACUUUCAUUGGAGUUUUGCUGAACCUGCGAAGGUUGUGUUAAAUUUAACCAAACUCAAAUCAGAUGGCGUCAUUAAAUUAAAGGGUGUGCAUGUGAGGAGCGUUUUACUGUUACAUUACGCAAUCAUCAUCGUAAUAUUUGUUUCCAAAGCCAGACCGUCAGCCCACAAGCAUGGCGUUAGAGUCCCUAAAUGACCUGCAUAUAGAAGAUGAAGGGCAGCAUCACAUCUCUUCAGAGGUAAAGAUGAGCCAAAUAGUUCUGCCCUGUCAUGCCAACCACUGUGGGGAACUGAGUGUCGGUCAGCUGCUGAAAUGGAUGGACUGCACUGCAUGUCUCUCCGCUGAGAGACAUGCUGGAUGCCCCUGUGUAACAGCUUCUGUUGAUGACAUCUACUUCGAGCAAACCAUAAGUGUGGGACAAGUGGUCAACAUCAAAGCCAAAGUCAACAGAGCCUUCAAUUCAAGUAUGGAGGUGGGGAUAAAAGUAAACUGUGAGGACCUCUACAGUGGUCUGCAUUCACGAGUCUGCCAGGCCUUUGCCACAUUUGUCGCCAGAAGCACAGGGACAAGUAAGGUGCACCUGAAGCAGGUAGUUCCCUCCACAUACAGAGAACAGGUGGAACACAGUUUAGCAGCCGAGAGAAGGAGAAUGCGACUUAAACAUCAUGAAAUCAUGGAUGAAUUGCUCAACAACAAGAGCUUUCAGAUCACUGAGGAGGCAGACAUCCGUAAAGAAGAUAAAGCUGUGGAGACUAAACGAACACGUGUGGAGAGUGUUGAGCUUGUUCUCCCUACUCAUGCCAAUCAUCAGGCUAACACAUUCGGAGGACAGAUUAUGGCCUGGAUGGAAAAUGUGGCAAUUAUUGCAGCAAGUCGUUUAUGUAAGGCUCAUCCCACUUUGAGGACCAUAGACAUGUUCUACUUCAGGGGACCUUCUCAGGUUGGAGAUCGCUUGGUUCUGAAAGCCAUCGUCAACAACACAUUUAAAAACAGUAUGGAAGUAGGUGUAUGUGCUGAAGCCUAUCAAGGAGAAGAACCCCUGAGACACAUUAACAGUGCCUUCAUGACAUUUGAGGCGCUGGAUGAGAAGGGAAGGCCAUGCCCACUGCCCCCUAUAAUACCUGAACCACAGGAGGGAAAGAGAAGAUAUCGGGAGGCUCUUGCCAGGAAGAAGAUACGACUUGAUAGGAAAUACAUUAUCUCAUGUAAGCAGACUGAAGUGCCACUGUCUGUGCCUUGGGAUCCCAGUAACCAGGUAUAUCUGAGCUACAACAAUGUGUCUGCCCUGAAGAUGAUUGCAGCCAAAAACAACUGGGUCCUUAGCUCAAAGAAGAACAACGUGAGUCUGUAUACAGUGGAGGAGAAUCAGAGUUUGUGUUUCAGGGUGGAGUUUGAGGUGGAUGUCCCAGCACACAGAGCCUUCACCCUCGUCUCUGAUCUCAGGCAAAGACAGGAGUGGGAUCAACACUAUACUCGGUGCGAGCUGCUUAUCGGGGUCGAUGAGGAUGAUUUCAUCUAUCAGGUUGUCACUCCGUCGGUCGGUGACAAAGGAAAAGUUCAAGACUUCAUUUUACUAGCUUCAAGAAGACCACCCUGUAAUAGCGGGGAUCCGUAUGUUAUUGCCCUACGAUCAGUCACUCUACCUACUCACCCACCCACAGAGGAUUUCAACAGGGGUGAGGUGGUCUGUGCUGGCUUUACUAUUUAUGCAGUGUCAGAAACUGUCUCAAAGAUUUCUUAUUAUAAUCAGGCCAGUCCAGAAGUGCUGCCAUACAUAUCCACUGACAUUGCAGGGCUCUCGUCCAGCUACUACUCAACGUUCUGUGCGUGUAGCCGGUACCUACUGGAGAAUAAAGUUGGUCCGUCUGCCUCUGAUAUAUUACCAUCUGCUGUUGAGCUGAAAACUCCAUUGUGAUGCAGCUGAUAUUUACUGUAAAUACAGGCGUUUAAAAGGGCUGCAUCCUAAACCUACCUGGUGAUAUCAAAAACACUCUUGGACCCAUUAGUCUCCAAAGAUUCACCAGCUCAAUGAAUUAGAGUAGUUAAGGUGAAUGCAUCGACACUAAGUUAGUGUCACUAUCCAACUCAACCACUUUCGGUUGAAUAACUUGAAUUAAAGCAACCAUUACUCUUAUUUGUAGUCAAUUUUGCUGAGUGACCCUAGACCGUGAAACCAGUCGUCAGGGUCAUUUUUUGUAUAAAACUCUAAAGUCUGGUUGAAAAAGCUUUUCAUUGAUUUAUGAUUUGUUAGGAUAGAUUUGAGGGUGCAAAAAAUCUAAAUAUUGAGAUAAUAACCUGUAAAGUUGUUCAAAUGAAGUCCUUAGCAAUGCAUAUUACGAAUGAAAAAUUACUUUUUCUAUAUUUACAGUAGGACAUUUACUAAAUAUCUUCAUGGAUCGCGAUGAUCUUUACUUAAUAUCCUAAUGAUUUUUGUAAUAUAAGAAAAAUCUAUAAUUUUGACUCAUACAAUGUAUUGUUGGCUUUUGCUACAAAUAUACCUGUGCAAUUUAUGGUUUUGUGGUCUAAGGUCACAUAUGUGUAUGAAGUUUUGUUGUAGUAAAUGGUACUGGUAAAUGGGUUUUUAAUAAAUAUCAAAUUAAUUGUUAAAAACGUUUACAGAAGUAAUAAUAAGCUGGUACAAUGUAUUAAGUCAUUAACAGGAAUUGUGAAAUUUCCUUGGUAUGUAAUCCAUAGGAUAUGUAAAUGACCUUAGUCACACCCAACCAAUGAAAUGUCAGCUUUUAAUAACGAAUUCAUAACACUAACAUUGUUCUUGUGUUACAAUGGUGUUACAAGGUAUGUUUGUUAUUAAACAAAUUUUAAGAACAAAUGUAAUAA